AUGUCUCGGCCUGAAGACUACACGGUCGGCUGGAUAUGCGCGAUAAAAGUCGAAUACGUUGCCGCGCAAGAAUUCCUCGACGAAGAGCAUGAGGCACCGGCAUCUGUGUCUCAGCACGACAGCAACAGUUAUACCUUGGGCAGGAUUGGGAAACACAACGUUGUCAUCGCCACUUUGCCUUUUGGAGAAUAUGGUACGACCUCGGCCGCAACCGUUGCUAGAGAUAUGGUACACUCUUUCCCAAACAUUCGAAUCGGGCUGAUGGUGGGCAUCGGUGGCGGUGCUCCAAGCGAAAAUCACGAUAUCCGUCUUGGCGAUAUCGUAGUCAGCACUCCAAGCAAUGGCAACAGCGGACUCUUCCAAUACGACUUUGGUAAAAAUAUUCAGGGCCAACCGUAUCAAACAACUGGGGUUUUGAAUCGACCACCAACUGCAUUGUUGACUGCACUGGCUGGGCUUCAAAGUCGGUACGAGAGAAAUGGCCAUAAGCUUGAGGAGGCUGUUCACGGCAUACUCGAGAACAACAAGCGACUACAGCGGCAGUAUAAGAGGCCUAUGUCGAGCACUGACAGGUUGUAUCGGUCAGAAGUCGUUCACCCUGAUUCUAAACAGAGCUGUGUGGCUGCCUGUGAUCCAUCGGGCUUGAUUGCACGAGAGGAAAGAGCUGAAGAUGAGGACAAUCCCGCGAUCCAUUACGGUCUAAUUGCGUCGGCAAAUCAGCUGAUGAAAAAUGCCUUACAUCGAGAUAGCCUUGCCGCAGAAAAAGAUGUACUGUGUUUUGAGAUGGAGGCAGCCGGGCUGAUGAACCAUUUCCCCUGCCUUAUCAUCCGCGGAAUCUGUGAUUACUCAGAUUCACACAAGAAUAAAGAGUGGCAAGGUUACGCAGCAAUGAUUGCCGCAGCGUACGCAAAAGAUCUUCUCUAUCAAAUACCAUUACAUACGGUCCAAGCUGAGAAGAAGUUAAGCGAUAUCCUCUCUGGUUUACAUGAGGCUAUAGAACAGCACAGCGAUUCUCUACAGAAGAAUCUCCAAGCCCAAGAAGCUCUAGCACAGGAGAAGCUAUCUGUAAAAGAGCAAAAAGAAAGACAAGAAUGCCAUCAAGUAUUCCGUCUUACAAGCAGCGAUAAAGAUACCACAUACGAAUGGUAUAAAGGUCGUGUGGAAACUCGGGUUGAAGAUACGUGUAUGUGGUUCUUGAAACAUGAUCACUUCCAAAAAUGGCUGGAUCAAGAUUCUGGGCCGUUACUAGUCACAGCAGAUCCAGGAUGUGGAAAGUCAGUGUUGGCAAAAUAUCUGAUUGAUGGUAUACUUCCUCAAUCGGCAACUACAGUCUGUUAUUUCUUCUUUAAGGACCAAGACCAAAACACCCUGCGACAGGCACUCUGCGCACUGCUUCAUCAGCUGUUUUCUGAAAGACCGUCUUUAAUUAAACAUGCUAUUAAAGAAUACCGCAGCAAUGGAAAAGGCUUGAUCAACAACACGGGAUCACUUUGGAAGAUUUUCCACAACGCUAUAAACGAUCUGCGUAAUAGCGAAUCUAUUGUCAUAGUCCUCGAUGCCUUGGAUGAAUGUGCCGAGUCUGAAUUUGAAGACUUGGUAUGGAAUAUUAAGGGACAAUUCAGUAAUAACAGGCUGGGCUACAGUGGGUUGAAGUACCUUUUGACCUGUCGCCCGUAUGAGCAAAUUGUGUGGAACUUUCGCGGCCUAUUGAGCACUUUCCCAUAUAUUCGGAUCCCAGGCGAGGAAGAGUCAGACGCCAUAAGUCGAGAAGUGGAUCUUGUUAUUGCACAUCAGGUGGCCCUCUUGGCAGCAGACAAACAAUUAUCAGCCCAAAUUACAGACGAGUUGCAAACAAGAUUACAACAAGCUAUCAACCGCACUUAUCUUUGGAUAUAUCUUAUAUUUGACUACCUAAAGAAAGAAAAUUUCAAAAAAACACUAAAAGCAAUCAUGUCUAUUAUUACGACUCUCCCCGGGACCAUCAACGAAGCAUAUGAUCAGAUUCUUCGCAAAUCUCAGAAUGUAUUCAUUACUCGCAAAGCAUUGAGUAUUGUCCUGGCUGCAAGUCGGCCACUGACAGUGGCAGAAAUGAAUGUUGCGGUGAAUAUAGAUUUUGAGUCAACUCAUGAUCUCGAUCUGGAAGAUAACAAAGUCUUUGAGACGCGCCUUAGAUCUUGUUGUGGGUUGUUUAUCUCAAUCUAUCGCGGUAGAAUAUAUUUCCUUCAUCAAACCGCCCGAGAAUUCCUGAUAGAUACUGCUUUAUCCACAGCCACUUCAACAACGUUGCUCUGGCAGCAUUCGAUCACUACGCGCAACUCCCAUGCUGUUCUUGCGGAGAUCUGUGUAUUAUUUCUGAAUCUUUUGAACGGUGAUGCCGAUCUCUCCUUGGAUGCGAAAAUGCAUCGUGAUAAUCUUGUUCUUUAUCAUGAGAGCUUUUUGAAAUACUCAGCCGAACUUUGGAACACUCAUUUCCACGAGGCUAACAUCGUGGAUGCUGAUGAUGCUAUUAUCCCUUUUGCAUUGAGGAUCUGCGAGCCGUUUUCAAAGAGUUACUCUAUAUGGUUUGAAACUUACCUGCAGACUAAAGGCACAAAGAAAAAGAAGCCUGGGAUGAUUACCGAUCUGAUGGUUGCGGCAUACCUUGGCCACGCUGUCCUUGUUACACUGCUACUAGCACAAGGCGCUGACAUUGAGGCAAAAGAUGCCACCUAUGGCCGGACGCCACUUCUUUGGGCCUCUUCAAACGGUCAUGAAGCUGUUGUGAAGUUGCUAAUAGAUAAGGGCGCCGACUUUGAAGUGAAGGACAAAGCCGUUAAGAGGACAGCUCUGUUGUGUGCUGUAGCAAACGGUCAUGAAGCUGUUGUGAGGACAUUACUUACAAAUGGCGCUGACACUGAGGCAAGAGAUAAGGACGGUAGUGCGCCACUCUCACAUGCAGCUUAUUUCGGGCAUGAAAGUAUAGUUAAGCUGCUGCUCGAGAAUGGCGCUGAUAUUGAAGCAAAAAAUAAUAUUAAUCAAACGCCGCUUAUAGUGGCAACCUAUUGGGAGAAGGAAGCCAUUGUUAAGCUGCUGCUCGAGAAAGGCGCUGAUAUUGAAGCAAAAAAUGAUAUUAAUCAAACGCCGCUUAUGGUGGCAACCUAUUGGGAGAAGGAAGCCAUUGUUAAGUUGCUGCUUAAGAAAGGCGCUGAUAUUGAAGCAAAAAAUAAUAUUAAUCAAACGCCGCUUAUAGUGGCAAGCUAUUGGGGGAAGGAAGCCAUUGUUAAGCUGCUGCUCGAGAAAGGCGCUGAUAUUGAAGCAAAAAAUAAUAUUAAUCAAACGCCGCUUAUGGUGGCAGCCUCCGAGGGGAGGGAAGCCAUUGUUAAGUUGCUGCUUGAGAAAGGCGCUGAUAUUGAAGCAAAAAAUAAUAUUAAUCAAACGCCGCUUAUGGUGGCAGCCUCCGAGGGGAGGGAAGCCAUUGUUAAGUUGCUGCUUGAGAAAGGCGCUGAUGCUGAAGCGAAAGAUCGUAAUGGCCAGACGUCCUUUUCAAUAGCCAAAGCACGUAGGCAUCACUUCAUCGCUCAGUUGUUACAAAGAUAG